AUGGCGUCGAUCUUGACUCUCUCAAAGCGCCAGCCCGAUCUCUUGGCUGACAACCAGACAGAAGAAGUUUUCCAGCAUAACCCGCCCGCCAGCAAUAAGCAAGAAGGAGCCCCGAAAAACAAGGACAACUCCAUCCCGCACGAACUGGCCGCGGACGGUAGCCGAGCGAAGCCCACGGUACGAGACUACGUCAACGCGCAACGGAUUCUGGGCGGAAGUGCGCACGCUGAGCACCUGAUAUUGGAGCUGAACGCGGCUGCCAAUGUCAACCGCGGCCCGGCUGGCGUCUUCGAAUCGUCGCGCGUGCACUGGGAUCUGCUGCUCGGCCGUGAUGAGACAAUUUUCCCCUCCGAUUACUUGAACUACGACUCGAUGAUGAAGUAU